AUGUCCAUUGAUCCUAGGCUGUUCCCCAAGCGGGUGACGUAUAGCGCCCUGCUGACUGUCAAUGUAUUCGUGUUUAUGGGUAAUAUGUAUUCCUCCGGCAUUGCGACCGGUUUUGGCUCUCUAGCUGCCGAGUUUCAUACGCCCUUUGCUACGCUUGCGGAUUUGAUCGCCUAUUCCGUGCUGGCUAUGGGGUUGGCCAAUCUGUUUUGGAUGCCCCUGGCUCUGACUUUCGGCAAGCGGCCCAUCGUCAUCAUUUCCAUGGCUAUGUUCUUGGGGGGGAUUAUUUGGAGUGCUGUUGCCAAGGACUAUAAUAGUUUAAUGGCCUCACGAAUCUUCGCUAGUUUUGGAUAUGGCGCAAUCGAGUCUCUGGGGCCUAGCAUUCUGGCAGACCUAUUCUACGAACGAAACUACGCCAGCGCCAUGGCGGUCUAUGCUGCCUUCCUCUCCGGUGGAUCGCAGAUUGGACCAGUCAUUGCCGGUUACCUGAUCGAAUCCAAAGGGUGGAGAUGGUUCUUCAUCCUCUGUGCCAUCAUCGCCGCCGUCAAUCUCGUGACAACUGUCUUCAUGCUUCCAGAGACUCUUUACGAAGUAGAGCAAGAACCCGAGGUCGUCAACGACAUCGAAAAAGACGCCAGCAGCCAUGUCGAGGCAGUCACCCGCACCGAGACCCGUACCGAGACCCGCGUCAAGAUGGAUUACUCCGCAUACUGGAAAGACCUGUGGUCAUUCACCCUAUCGAAGGAAGCAAAGGAGCGCGGCAUAAUCAAGCAUCUCGCUUACCUCUUCUUCCUUCCCUUCCCCAUGGUCUUUGUCCCAGGAGUCCUAGCCGCAUCAGUCAUGUACGGCGUCGUCCUCGGAGCGGUCGUCAUUAUUUCAACAAUCGCCCCAGAUAUCUUCUCCCCACCACCAUACCUCUUCUCCUCUGCCGACCUAGGUCUCUUCACAUUCAGCAGCUUUAUCGGCAUAGUAGUCGCCUGGCCAAUCGCCGGACCCUUAACAGAUUGCCUCUCUCGUUGGCUGCGCAACCGCAACAACGGAAUUCACAAGCCAGAACACCGGCUGCCCGCCCUAAUUCUGCCUUUCCUCAUCUGUCCUAUUGGGUUGAUUGUCUUCGGAUACACAGUCGCGCGUCACCAGCAUUAUAUCCGGCCCGCUGUUGGAUCGGCUAUCUGUGCUGCUGGUCUCACGCUCGUACCGUCUGUUAUGCUUUCCUAUGUUGUUGAUUCGUAUCCACGAACAAGUGGCGAGGCAUUGGUUUUGGUCAAUACUUCGAAGAAUGUUGUUGCGUUUGGACUUACUAAGGGGGCUUAUUCUUGGAUGACUAUGCAGGGCAUUGACAAGAUGCUUUAUGAAUUUGCGGGGAUCGAAUGGGCGGUGCUGUUUUUGGCUUUGCCGUUGUAUAUCUUUGGUCCUUGGAUUCGGCGCCGGACGCAGAAGUAUUUCUAA